AUGUCGGCUGCUGCGCAGAAGAUUCUGAGCCGUUUGGGGCAAGUUGGUGUUGGAUUGGCUGUUGCUGGUGGUGUAGCUCAAUCUGCUCUUUAUAACGGUAAUUUGCUUGUUUUUUAUUGGUUUUUAGAUGUUGAAAAGGUUUGUAUUGUAAAAUUUGUGUAAAUUAACAUGACAGCUUUAUUUAACAAUACAAGGCUUUUAUAUUGAUGGUCUUAGCUAUAGCUUUGGUAUUUCAGUGGAUGGAGGUCAGCGUGCCGUAAUUUUUGACAGAUUUGCUGGAGUUAAGGAUUAUGCCGUCGGAGAAGGUACUCAUUUUUUGGUGCCAUGGGUACAGCGGCCUAUAGUCUUCGAUAUUCGUUCAACACCUAGAGUAGUUACGACUAUUACUGGUAGCAAAGGUAAGAAGCUUAAAUUUUAUUUAAACUUGAUAUUUUUUUGAUUUAUAGGUAUAAAGAUAUACCAAGUCUUAGAAGGUGAAUAUAAUUUCUAAUAUUUUAAAAUUUGGAUUAGUUUUUGUUAAAAAUAUUUUAAUAUGUAAGUCGAUGCUUUUAGAUUUACAAAACGUAUCUAUUACACUUCGUAUCUUGCACAGGCCGGAGCCAUCAGCUUUGCCAAACAUCUACCUCAACAUUGGCCAGGAUUACGCCGAAAGAGUUCUUCCUUCUAUCACAAAUGAAGUCCUAAAGGCUGUAGUGGUAUGUAUCGCUAUCUUUGAGUUUUCAUACUGUUUUAGACAUUAUAUUAUUUCGUUUUUACAUUUGUUAGAAUUUAUGUUUUUAUUUGAUUUUUAAGGUUUUUCAUUGGUUUUUGUAGAUUAUAAGUUAAUAUUGAAAAUAAUUUGUUGAAUAUAUUGUUUUCAGGCUCAAUACGACGCUCAUGAGAUGAUUACACAAAGAGAAAGUGUGUCACAACGUGUUUCAAUUGAAUUGGCCAAGAGAGCUCAACAGUUCGGUCUCUUGUUGGAUGAUAUCUCCAUUGUAAGUUAAUUUGUUCUUUUAUUUAACCUUUAGGCUUAAAAAUAAAGGAACUGUAUCAACAUUGUUAAGUUACAUGCCUAAAAACAAAAAAGGGUAAAAAGUUUUCCUUUAUGGCAUUUUAUGACAAAAAGGCAAUUUAGGGUUAAUAUAGUUUGGGAUGAUGUUACCGAGAAGCUCUGAGAUCAAAACGAAAGGUUGUUGACAGAACAAUGUUGUUUUAAGAUAACUUUUCUAAUAAGUUUUGUUCUGUGACACAGCGAUUGACUGACCAACUAAAAUAUUAAUAAUAAUAAUUUUUUAUGCUUUUUACAGCUGCUUGGCUAUUCCUGCAUCUUAAGAGAAAAAUUUUUCAGACUCACUUAUCUUUCGGCCGCGAGUUCACGGAAGCCGUCGAAAUGAAGCAAGUAGCUCAACAAGAAGCUGAGAAAGCUCGCUACCUGGUAGAAAAGGCCGAACAGAUGAAGAAGGCCGCUAUCACAACAGCUGAAGGUGACGCUCAAGCUUCAAAACUGUUGGCUAAAGCCUUUGCCGACGCUGGUGAUGGUUUGAUUGAGCUGAGAAAGAUCGAAGCAGCUGAAGAGAUCGCUGAGGUCUUGGCCAAGUCGAAGAAUGUCGCUUAUUUGCCAAAGGAGAUGAACGCUUUGUUGGGACUUCCUCAAUAA